AUGAGUGAUGUGAAGCUGGAAAAUCUCGAAGUCAAGGAAACUGCCUUAGAUGAUCUCGAUCUUCCUGUCAAAUUGAAAUUUGGCUAUUUGUCUUCAUUAGUGCUAAAAAUACCUUGGAAGAAUUUGUACAAUGAACCGGUAAUUGCCACUAUCGACGGUCUCUACCUUAUCGUGGUGCCCAACAAAGGUGUUGUCUACAACGAAGAGAAGGCUAAGAAAAAUGCUGCAGAGAUCAAACAAAAAACUCUCGCACGUCUUGAGGAAGCUCGUAAAAAUCGUCGAAAGCCACCAGAUCCGACGCAAGACACAUUUGUGGAGAAGAUGGUCACGCAAGUGAUUAAAAAUCUUCAGGUCUCAGUGAGUAACAUCCACAUUAGAUUUGAAGACAAAUACACGAACAGGCACCGACCAUUCGUUGCUGGAGUCACUUUGGAAAAGUUGGAUUUUCAGACCACCAACGAAAACUGGAUUCCUACGAUUCAUCGUGACAUAGUAAAAAUAUUCCACAAAUUAGUCUUGCUGGACAAUCUUUCGGUGUAUUGGAAUUCCGGCUCCGAACUGUUCUCGGAUCUUCAUGAUAAAGCAGAAAUUCGAACAAAACUUCAAGCCACCAUCCACACUGGCAACAACCCUCCGACAGUUCUCGAACCGAUUACGAUGCAAGCAAAGUUGAAGUUGAAUCAGAAACCUGAGACUGAUGGAACUAAUUGGAAAACCCCGAAGAUUGAUCUCUCUGUUGAUAUGAAAACGCUGGCCCUAGCUAUUGGUAAAUUCCAAUAUCAAGAUAUUUUGUUAUUUCUCGAAGCGCAAGAAAGGUUUAACCUUGCUACACAAUAUCUGAAAUAUCGGCCUAAUUUGAACGAAUUUAAGGGUCAUUACAAGGAAUGGUAAGU